AUCUAAUGUCGAGAAAACUACAAGGGAUGUUGGCCGUCGUGACUCUAUUGCUUCUGUUACAUCAUCCAAUAGUUCUGGCUCUAGGAAGUUCGUUUACGGAGACGCUGAAGCCACCGCUCUUGGACUCUCCCGUCUUUUCCUUGGCGACUGUAUCACCCGACGGCACCCUUUCGACAGCCUCACCAUCUACUACCAAUAUGAAUAUUCUGACAUACGCUACUCCUGUAUCGAUGUCACCGGAUAGGCUAUGGGUCAUCGGUUUGUACAAGGGCACCGUCACGUACGAUAAUUUUGUGGCGUCGCGUCGUGGAACGUUGCAACUCUUGCGGCCAGAACAUGCCACUCUAAUACCCGUGUUGGGCGGGAAAUCAGGACGAGACACUGACAAGUAUAAUGCUUGCAAAUCGUUGGGAUUCUCGUGGGUCGCUUCGGAAAUGCAAUCAGCAAAUAACGAGGAACCGUGGAGGUUGCCAUCCUGCAGCUGCUAUCUUCAACUUGAGUGUGUGGAGCUGUGCGAGGCCGGUUCGCACGAUGUCGCUAUAUGCAAAGUUGUGGGCAUGCAAACCGACAACAGCAGCAACGACGAUGAAGAUUCUGGGACUCGUGGUACUCAUCUCGGAACACAAGCCUUACGAAGUAUGGGCAUCAUCACGGAGCAAGGACGGGUAGCGGAACAGUAG